UAAAAACAAUUGAGAAAUACGAGAACACUUUUUAGUAGACCUACUAAUUUGAAUACAAACAGCUGCAUUCGGUAAAUAGACCUCCAACUAAAAUCACAAAAAUGUAUGGGGACAUGAAAAAUAAAACUAUUUUAGUUACAGGUGCUGGAGCCGGCAUUGGCAAUGCUUUGUGUAAGCAAUUGGCCGAGGCAGGGGCAAAUGUUAUCGCUGUAGCACGAUCAGCCGAACAAUUGAAAGAACUAAAAACACAGCAACCAACCAUACAAACAUUACAAAUCGAUCUAAAAGAUUGGCAACAAGUGCGUCAGCAUUUACAAAAGGUACCGCUAUUGGAUGGUCUGGUUAAUAACGCUGGCAUAGCAAUCAUUAAACCUUUUAGUGACUUGACCGAACAAGAUUUUGAUGAUACAUUUGAUGUCAACAUUAAGGCCGUUUUCAAUGUUACCCAAACUUUAUUACCUAAACUUAAAGAUAAUUCCAGUGUUGUUAUGGUCUCCUCUUUGGCAGCCUCCCGAUCAUUCGAUGGUCAUGCCGCCUAUAGUGCCACAAAAGCUGCUGUUGAUUCGUUAACGCGUUCGUUGGCUUUGGAAUUGGGACCGCGUAAAAUACGCGUGAAUUCGGUUAAUCCCACUGUGGUCUUGACCAAAAUGGGUCGCGACAAUUGGAGUGAUCCGGCUAAAGCAGAUCCUUUAUUGAAUCAUAUACCUCUGCAUAGAUUUUGUGAGGUGCAGGAGGUUAUCGAUGCAAUGGUAUAUUUGCUGAGCGAAAAAUCGAGUUUUGUUAAUGGCCAUCAUUUGAAUUUGGAAGGUGGUUAUUCGGUGUCAUAAGUAUUAAUAGUUAAUUAGUUCUGUUGGAAAUAAAGAUAUUUUGUUAUAACUUUGUUAUGCAAAUAAAUUGAGUUUACUAUUUUGAUAAGUCA